AGGAAGACUGUAAGAAGUACCUGCGGCGGAAGCGAGAGCAGGCCGACCAACAGGUGCCGGCAGUAGACAGCAGCGUGCCGAAGACGUCGGAACUGAUGGGCAUCACGACCAGGGACGAUCCGUACGGGAACAGAACAGAGAUGUUUGAUGCCUUCAUCUGCUACUGUCAGAAAGACCUUCAGUUUGUCCAGGAGAUGAUCCGGGAGCUGGAACAAACAGAGUUCAAACUGAAGCUCUGUGUCUUUGACCGGGAUGUCUUGCCAGGAACGUGUGUGUGGUCCAUCAGCGGAGAACUUAUAGAGCGGAGGUGCCGGAGGAUGGUGGUCGUCAUUUCAGAUGAUUACCUGGAAAGCGAUGAAUGUGAUUUUCAGACCAAAUUUGCUCUUAGUCUUUCCCCAGGUGCUCGUCUCAAACGCCUGAUUCCAGUCAAGUGCAAAACCAUGAAGAACGAGUUUCCAAGUAUCUUACGGUUCAUUACGAUUUGCGAUUACACCAAUCCUUGCACCAAAAAGUGGUUCUGGACGAGACUGGCAAAAUCCCUCCUGCUGCCCUGAUGGAAAGCCGUGAGAGCUGGGCGCUCUCGUCACCUGUCCCGGCUGUGCCUUCUCACCGUGGGGUUCUUCGCACAGCGUCUUCUGCCACUUCAGAACCCAGAUCCUUCCCAUCCCUGUUUGGAGCCUGCAACCGGGAGCAAAGAUUUUUUUUUUUCUAGCACUUUUUUAUAUCUUGGAAGGGGAA